GGGCGCGCGCGGGGUUCGAAAGCGGCGCGCGGGAAGGGCGGGAAACGGCGGGAAAAGGCGGGAAAAGGGAUCCCGGAAUUCCCCGGGAAUUCCCCGCGAGCGGCGCCGGGGACAGGAUCGCGGACCGAGGAUCGGGAUCGGGAUCGGGAUCGGGAUCGGCUCCAUGGACACCUUCCAGUCCCCCCCGCCCUCCUCCCGCCGGAUGAGGGACAGAGAGGAGCCCGGCCUCGAGUCCGUGACCAUCCCGGCCUCUCCCUUCAUGCGGAAGUUGGGAUUCGGCACCGGCGUCAGCGUCUACCUGAUGGAAAGGUCCCCGCGGGAGCUGCCCCGCUCUCCGUGGGCCGUGAAGAAAAUCAGCUCCGGCUGCUCCCGGCGGCAGCGGCAGCUCUUCCAGAGCCGGCUCCGGCACGAGGCCCAGACCCUGCGGAGCCUGCGGCACCCCAACAUCGUGGGGUACCGCGCGCUGGGCGCGGCGGCGGACGGGAGCCUGUGCCUGGCCAUGGAGUUCGGGGGGGAGCAGUCGCUGCACGAGCGGAUCGAGGAGCGCCGCGGGCGGGGCCUGGGCGCCUUCCCGCCCGACACCAUCCUGCGCGUGGCCCUCAGCGUGGCCCGCGGCCUCCAGUACCUGCACACGGAGCAGCGGCUGCUGCACGGCGACAUCAAGUCCCCCAACGUGGUCGUGCGCGGCGACUUCGAGGCCGUCAAGAUCUGCGACGUCGGCGUCUCGCUGCCGCUGGACGAGAACCUGACCGUGCGGGACCCCUCCCUGCGCUACGUGGGCACGGAGCCCUGGACGCCGCCCGAGGCGCUGGAGCCGGGCGCGGCCAUCUCGGACCGCGCCGACAUCUUCGCCUUCGGCCUCACGCUCUGGGAGAUGCUGGCGCUGAGCGUGCCCCACCUGCCACCGCCCCACAGCGACUCCGAAGAGGACUCGAGCUGCUCCGAGGACUCCCUGGACGAGGCGGCGUUCCGGGCGGCGCUGGGCACGCGGCCGGCGCUGCCGCGCGAGGCGCUGGCGCCGGCGCAGGCCCCGGUGCGGGAGCUGUUCUGCGCCUGCACCGCGCGGCCGCCGCGGCUGCGCCCGCCCGCCGAGCGCAUCGCCCGCGCCCUGGAGCCGGCGGAGCCCGAGCGCGCCCGGAACGCAGCGGGGCUGAGCCUGCGGGAAAACGGAGCGGGAACGCUGGGGUGAACCAGCGGGAAUGCUGGGGUGAACCAGCGGGAAAAUGGAGCGGGAAUUCUGGGAUAAACCAGCGGGAAUUCUGGGAUAAACCAGCGGGAAAACGGAGCUGGAAUUCUGGGAUAAACCAGCGGGAACGCUGGGAUAAACCAGCGGGAAUGCUGGGGUGAACCAGCGGGAAUUCCGGGAUAAACCAGCGGGAAAAUGGAGCGGGAAUGCCGGGAUAAACCAGCGGGAA